UAUACAAUAUUUGUUUUCUCAUCUGUUAUCUGUCAGCAUACAAAUUGACUUUGACUUGUUAUUUCUCUAAUUAAUUUCCAGUGUCAUACAAUACACAGAAUGGAAUAAGAGUAAGGAGGUGAGACAUUAGCAAAACAUGCUAUACUGGUUAAGCUACGUUAUGGCAGAAGGAAGUUCUCAAGCAGAUAUGGCCAAAGAGGCUCCACAAGAAAAACAUACAGACAACAUAGAAUGCGCCGUGUGCCUUCAACCCUGCAUACACCCCGCGCAACUCCCAUGUGGGCAUAUAUUUUGCUUUCUAUGCGUUAAAGGCAUCGCGAAUCAAAGUAAACGCUGUGCCAUGUGCAGGCAAGAAAUCCCAAGGGAUUUCAUCGAGCAUCCCAAACUUCUCCAUGGUCCCGAGGCAGUGGAAGGAUUCGACGGCGGAUACCAGUGGUUUUACGAAGGGCGAAACGGGUGGUGGCAAUAUGAUGAACGAACAAGUCGUGAAUUGGAAGCUUGUUAUAAAGCGGGUGAAAGGACGUGCGAGUUACUUAUUGCCGGUUUUUUAUACGACGCCAAUUUGGACACCAUGCUACAGAUGAGAAGAAAUGACCACUCCAGAAGACGGCGAAUCAAACGAGAUUUUGCUAGUGCUCCAAAAAAGGGUGUUGCUGGAUUACGUACAGAAUUGGAUCAAUCUCAAUCAUACAUCGAAAAUCCGCGUCCCGUCGAGUCUAACCGCCCUCAUAGCCCCCUAGAAGGCCGCACUGAUAAUUUAACGCCAAUCACGCCAUCUAACACACCGCAGACGCCCGCCAGCGGACGCGAGUCGCCCCACCAAGAAGACCUAGAAGCGACGGUCGAACGUAUACGAUCGUUACGUUUGGACACUGCCAAUAACUCGAUGAGUCCUAGCGUUGCGGCGAAUGAGGACGAUGAGCGCAACGUUCGCUCAAACACGACCAACAGCCGAGAGGAGUAUAGAGCGCCGAAUUUUAGCCGCUUUCAAUUUUAAUGUAAUUUUGUUAGAUGUAAUCAUUUUUAUGAUGAUAGGGUGUGGUGCAGUUAUUUCAUAUCUCUGUUAUUUUUGUGUAGUGAAACCACGGUAUGAAAUACAUAACGAGGUACUUUGAGUAUUAAUAUCAAUAAAUUAAUGACUAUUUAGAAA